UCACAACAGCAUCGUUUUAUCGCAAUCCGCAACCACACGGCCUAUGUUCAAAACACCAAGGUGCCGUCUUUUGUCCGACUCUGUUGUCCACAAUUCGACAAUGAAACCCGCGCUGGCCUCGCGCCACGUGGCGGUGAUCGGCGCCGGCGCCGGCGGCCUGGUCGCGGCACGUGAGCUCUGGCGAGAAGGUCACAAAGUGGUCGUGUUCGAGCGAGAAGACCAGGUGGGCGGCACGUGGGUCUACACUCCGAAGGUGGAGUCCGACCCGAUUGGGAUCCACGCGAAUCGGACGACGGUCCACUCGAGCAUGUACGAGUCGCUGAGGACCAACCUCCCGAGAGAGGUGAUGGGGUUCAGAGACUACCCAUUUGUGGCCAGGGAAGGAGACGAAGAGAGAGACCCGAGAAGGUUUCCGGGUCACAAAGAGGUGCUGAUGUACUUGAAGGAUUUUUCCCGCGAGUUUGGGGUAUCGGAGAUGGUGAGAUUGGAAACGGAGGUGGUGGUGGUGGAUGCGGCGGAGGGUGGGAGGUGGAAAGUGAAGUCGAGGAGUAAGGGAGGUGGGGGUGUGGAAGAUGAAAUCUAUGAUGCGGUGGUUGUGUGUAGUGGCCAUUUUACUGAGCCUCGUCUUCCCCAAUUUCCAGGCAUCAAUACAUGGAAGGGGAAGCAAUUUCACAGCCAUAAUUACCGUAAUCCCGAGCCAUUUCGAGAUCAGGUUGUAAUUUUGAUAGGGAGCUCAGCCAGUGCUGUUGACAUUUCACGAGAAAUAGCUGGAGUUGCGAAAGAAGUCCACAUUGCCUCUAGAUCUGUUGCUGAUGAAACCUUGCAAAAGAAGCCUGGCUAUGAUAACAUGUGGCUUCACUCUAUGAUUGAAAACGCACAUGACGAUGGCAGUGUUGUUUUCAAAGAUGGAAGUGUUGUCCUUGCUGACACCAUUCUCUAUUGCACAGGGUACAAGUAUCAUUUCCCUUUUCUUGAAACCAAUGGUACUGUGACUGUGGAUGAUAACCGUGUGGGGCCACUGUACAAGCAUGUACUCCCACCAGCAUUGGCUCCUUCACUUUCCUUUGUCGGGAUACCAUGGAAGGUUGUUCCUUUCCCAAUGUUUGAAUUUCAAAGCAAGUGGAUAGCGGGUCUUUUGUCUAAUCGAAUUGCACUUCCUUCCAAAGAGGAGAUGAUGGAGGAUGUCAAAGCUUUCUACUCUUUACUUGAAGCUUCUGGCACACCUAAACGAUACACUCACAACUUGGGUGGUUGUCAGUUCGAAUAUGAUGAUUGGAUUGCAGCUCAGUGUGGCUGUCCAGUCUCAGAAGAAUGGAGAAAGCAAAUGUACUCGGAAGUGUCAAAAAAUAGGCAUGCCCGACCAGAGACGUAUCGGGAUGAGUGGGAAGAUGACCAUUUGGUGCUGCAAGCUCAUGAGGACUUCAAGAAAUACACCUUAAAUUGAGUGAGUAAUGGAUAAGUGAUAUCAAAUGACCAGAACUUUUACCCAAGCAAAUUGUCUUUCAAGAAUGUCCUAUAUAAUCUUUUGUGUUCAACUUUAUACUUUUACCCAAGAUCUUAUAUUUGACACAUCAUGAGCCGCAA